CAACGUCCUCGAUCGACUCAAGGCCAAGAUCAUAGCACGCGGCGGCGCUGCUGGCAUCCACGCGGUGCAGCGAGUGAUGCGCAUCUGGGACGACGGCGGCGACGGCAAACUCACCAAGAACGAACUCAAAUCUGGCUUGGAAACCUACGGCAUUGAAAUUCAUUUGCACGACGUCGACCAGCUCAUGACGCUCCUCGAUACGGACCACAGCGGCUCCAUCAGCUUUGACGAGCUCCUUACCGGACUUCGAGGCGAGCUCAACGACCGCCGCCGGGCGCUCGUGCAUCAAGCGUACAGCGUCCUCGACGUCGAUGGCGACGGACAAGUCACGAUCGACGACCUUCGCAAAGGCUUUGAUGUGACGCACCACCCCGAUGUGGUCGCCGGGCGCCUUACGCCACGCGAUGCUCUGGUGCAGUUUAUGCAGCACUGGGACCUCGAUGGCAACGGCACGGUGUCCCUGGCCGAGUUUGAGACAUACUACCGCGGUAUUAGCGCGUCGAUCGACGGCGACGAUUACUUUGAGCUCAUGAUGCGCAACGCGUGGCACCUCUCGGGGGGCACCGGCGCCUGCGCCAACUCGAGCAAUCGACGCGUGCUCGUCACGCACUCCGACGGCCAUCAAACGAUUGAAGAGAUCAAAAAUGACAUUCGCGUGCGCAGUCGCCAAGGCAUGCUCGACAACCUGGCGGCGCAACACGUACACGCGACGUCGAUGACGACCAAGGGGUCGGUUAUGGAUUUGCGCGCCAAAAAGCAAUCCAAUCACGUGCCAACGCGGUCGGCGCGCGAGGACGCCCACGCCGCGACGUUGGCCGAGCGACACGCGGCGGCGACGCGUAUUCAGCGGCGUUUUCGCUGCUUCCGCGCGCAAAAGUUUGUGCGCGCCGUGCGGCGAAAGAUGGCGGCCGCGCGGAUGCAAGCGCACACGACCGCCCGCGACGACGCCAAAGCCAAACCGGCGAUCCUGCGCCCCGCUUUGCGAACGUACCACGGCUUUUAG